UGAUGAGCACGAGAAUUCGAAGUGACAGCUGCAACUUUUCAUUUCCUCAUUGGUGCAGCUCAAGGAAAUUGAGCAUCGUUCCACGUAAGCAUCAGAAAUUUUUAGUAGCAGCCUUUGAUCCAGAUCAUUCAAUUACACUGAUUGAGUUCAUCACUGGUCACUAACAAAUUGGCUAUCAUGAAGAUUCUUGUUUUGGCAAUUCUACCCUUGUGCUUCUACAAUAUAGCCAUUGGAGUCGGUCAGAAGGCUAGCAAGAAAUCAUCUGAUUCUCAAGGUACAGGGCAUUUUGAAAAAUCGGGGACAUUUGAGAUGAAAUCGCCAAAUCUAAAUGAUGAAGAGUUUCACUCCAGCCAUAUGCCUGAUCAUUUGAAAUGUGAUUCCUGCAGAGCUAUUGCUUAUCAGAUGCAGGAAUAUCUUUCCAAAAGGGAAUCUCAGAUCUCUGCAGUGAAAGAGGGGAAAGCAAUACUGAGUGAAUCUGAUUACACUGACGCUUUGGAGAAGUGCUGCUCUCAAAGUUGGGAAAGGCAUGGUGUAAUAGAGGUGGAUGGUGUUAAACGUCUGUCAGGCCCAGGCCUGGAAACAGAAGACUUUACAGGAGUGAUGAUGUUGAGUGGACCAUGGCCUGGAAGGUUGUUCAAAAUGUGCCAAGCUUACCUGGGAGAAUUUACUGAAGAGGAAAUUUAUGAGGCAUAUAGAAAUAAUCAGGAUUAUUUAGAAGAUUUUCUCUGCAAUAGUGAAAAUGGAGUCUGCACCAAGCACACAAAAUUCCAAACACAGUUUAAAGAUGAAAUAUAAGCCUUGAACUUAGUAAAAGUACAUAUUGGGUAUGGUGCUCAGCUGAUGAUAGGGAAAAGGUGAAGAAUACCAGUGAAGGUGACAGAAACACAACGUACAAUGUUUCCAUUUAUUAACAUGGUGAAACUGAAAAUGAUGAGUUGGGCACAAUUUACAUCUAUCCAAUAUGCAUUCGUGUGAAAAGUCACAUAAUAAGUUCAUCCAUCCAAUAAAAUAUUAUUUAAAUUAAUGGUUAGUUCUGUUUCCAAAACAUCAUAUCACAUGAUAUUUUGCAUUCAAAUGUAAACCUAUUAUUUCUGAAAAAGAACAGUCUAUGUUUAAAACCAGCACUUGAUUGUAUUGACCAAAAGUGGAUAAAGUUAAUUAUUUGCAUUAAAGUUAAAUUCAGAGUUAUCAGUUAUAAUGUCCUUAGUAUUUCCAUAUAUUAUGGGCAGAAACAACUAGAGACCAGUGUUUUAUUGGAAAUUGUUCCAAUAGGUGUUAAAGCUACAGUUUUUUCUGUGUUCAAAAUGUUAAUGCUGAAACCAAUGUAUUAAUAUAUUUGUCGCAAUUUCAGACUUUGAAAUUAAAUUAUUUUAGAAC